UUGACAAUACGAGCUCGAUGUAAAAUGUUCUUCAAAAAAUUUCCAAUGGACUCGCAGGCUUGCCCAAUUGAGAUCGGCAGUUUGGGCUACUUUUCCAAGGAUAUUGUUUAUGUGUGGAAGGAUGUCGAACUGGAUUCGAAAAUGAGCAAUAUGCUUGCGCAAUAUAAGUUGCUACACGUCACCAAAACGUCUUACAAUAUCACCGACUAUCAUGCAUCUGUACUGAAAGUAUAUUUUACGCUACAACGUCAGCAAGGCUUCUACAUCCUACAAAUUUACACGCCGUGUACACUGAUCGUUGUGAUGUCUUGGGUUAGCUUCUGGAUCAACAAGGAAUCAUCGCCGGCUCGUGUUGCUUUAGGUCACUUGUUAGCUAAUUUUUGA